UGUGUAUGGUAACAUUAAAAUAUGCUAUCUGGUAACACGAAAUCAAAUUCUAACGGGAAGAAUAAUAAUAUAGUAAUAUUACAGCAGUCAUAAAAGGGAUAGUUGAGUAAUUCUGCUGUCAAGGGGCAUGACGCGCUGUUUCAUUCACUCUGAUGGUUGCAAUGCACCAAGAUAUUCGACGUCUAUAUUUUCAAACGAAAAGCAACACACGCAGGGCCGAAUACAUCUAAUAUUUGUUACGCUAUGAGCUUGCUCUUUUACGCGAAUGUAUGACAAUAAUUUUUUUGUUUCAGCUAUUUUUCGUGCAGGGCAAGUUACCCCAUCAAUUUGCACAUAUUUUAUAAUGGAUGGCCGGGAUACAUAUAUAUGUAGCUGACUGCUGCCAUACAAAAAAUUCAGCAUCAGGAGAAAAAAGUUUCCAUUUCAAUGGUUUACUAAUCAAGGCGAGCAAGUGUGCAUGCUGGUGAAAAAAAAGUCGCGUAAUAAUUUCAUGUCACCACAGUUCAUCCUACUGUAGCAUCAGUUCUACGAGUACAGCCAGUUCGAACAACCUAAAGAAAAUGAUUAUUUGUAAUAGUUUACCUAAAACACUUUAUAACCAAUUACAACCAGCUAGCAUCAGGCGUCAGUAUACAAGAUGCCCAAAUAAAAUGUUUUCGCUUUAUAACAAACUUCAACAACAAAGAAACGAAUUACCACUGCAGUGAUAUUGUAGAUUAACGCACAGAGAGAGACCACACACCUCCUGCAGCAGGUACUUCAUUGCUUACCCAUUAGAACCCUUCGAAGCUGUGGUUUACGACAAGGCUAUGCCAAUGGAGGGUGGGGGAGGCUGAAAGUGCAGUCAGUAGGCCAAAUAGUAAAUGCAAAUAAUAAAGUGAGAGAGUAUACUGCACGGACGCUUUGUGCAAUAAAUGAAGUUGUGUGUGUGUGCUCCUUUCUUACAGUGCCUGUUAUCCCUUAUUUUUCCUUUUGCUGCGCCUUGCUUUCAAAAUCGUACUGGAUAUUCCACUUCUGAGCGCUACCACGUUGCUGCGAUUGGUGGACUAACACAUUACGACUGUCUUAGUUUUACAGCAAUACGGGAUUCAGGCUUCCGUGAAAGGGUGCAGGUCCGGCGAAGUGAAAGCGUGGACUUGGGCACAGGUGUUAUCAGUAACGAUUCUUUCGACACUCGUCUGCAUGGUGCUUGUGGCCACUGCAAUUGAAAAGUGGAGCACGGACCACGAGUGCUUGUCAGGGUCAUUAUUGAAGACGGUAAUGAUUUUUUCCGCAAUAUCGAAUACGAGAACGCUCCUGAAGACAGAAAAUACAGGACUGAACCAAUCCCUCCUAUUUUUGAGCGGCCUGAAAGUAUUUUGUGCCUACUGGGUUUUGCUCGACCACGAGUACAUCGCCCUUCAGGCAGAAUUUUUGCACAGCCCAUUUGAGUUGAUGCGAUUGUCAUCGAAGCCUUGGUUUCAAUUUGUCACCAACGGCGUCUUAAGUGUGGCGACGUUUUUCUACAUGAGUGGUUUUGCCUUGUCAUUCUCCAUGGCUGGCUCACUUUCAAGCAUACGUUCGUGUGCAGUGGCAAUCGCUCGUAGGUACAUAAGGUUGACGUGUCCAGUAAUGGUGGUUGUGCUCAUGGCGUUCCUCGUGCCCCUAAUUGCCGACGGCCCUGCCGAUUCGGAACUGCUGCCCCAGCAGUUGAGUGGCUGCUACACCAACUGGUGGGCAUUAUUGGUGCACGUUAACGACUUCAUGCCUCGAGACCAAAUGUGCCUAACCCACCUUUGGUACGUUGCUGCUGAUAUGCAGAUAUUUGUAGCCGUCGCCCUCCCGCUGGCGGUGCUUCUGAAUAGGAAUAAGAAAGCCGGCUUUGUUGUGGCUUUCGUGACAUGUGCAGCGUUCGCUAGUUUAGCUGCGGCGCAAACUUAUCUUUGGCAGCUGUUCCACGGAAUCACCUUCGGAAACAGUGAUGUGAGGCGAUUUUCGAACACGCUGGAAUACGUUCAUUUCAAGCCAUUUGUCCACAUCCCAACGUACGUCUGCGGUACUGUCUGUGGCUUUCUCGCAAACAGACUGAAAGGAAAGCUACUGCACAAGAAAACAGAAGCUCUUCUUUGGGUGCUGUCGGCCUGUCUCCUGUGCUCGGUUAUGUUUGUGACGAUUCCGUGGAAUGGAGGUCGCUUCCCCGCUGACUCUGUUAUUGCCCUGUACGGAGGCUUCCACAGACUUGUCUGGGCACUGGGUCUGUCUUGGCCCUUCAUUGCCUGUGCGACUGGAAAAGGAAGUGUCCUUUACAAAUUCCUGGCAUGGAAGGCGUUCCUACUGCUGUCACGGCUCACCUAUGGAAUUUACCUCACGCACCUUCUUUUUAAUCUGCUGCGCAUGGCCAAUACAAAGACACCGAUAAAUGUGGACGAGUUUUUGCAACUGAGGAAUUCCAUUGGAACGUUUGGCCUCAGCGUUGCGUUGGCCUACGUGCUGUACAUAAUUUGCGAUGGCCCAACACAGCAGAUAGAAAGAUGUAUUUUCAGGAAGACCACUAGCUCUCGUGCUAAAGUUUCUCCUCAAGAAAAUGAAACUGCAACAAUACCAUCCUCUGAUGUAGUGAGCAAUGGCACCGCCUAAACUCAAGGGGUCGCGUUUGUUCUCUCAUUUCACAUGUCCGGAGUGUUGUAAGUACUUGAUUAUUCAA